AUGUGGGGUUCGUCCCACCGCCUCACAGAAGCCUUCGGCUUCACACCUCCUACCUCCUGUGCUGCUCUUCCCUCCUCCCCCCCACUUCCUGCCGCCACCACCACCAAUACCACCUCCACCCCUCGUUCCUACCUCGCGAAUCCCUUCGCCCUCCCUUUCUCCUCGCCCUUCUCUCUCGGUUUCUCUCCCACGCUCGUGCCCGCCACGCCCGUAGACCCAGCACCACUGACCGUCAGCCCACUCAAUCUAAGCGCCACUGCAGCUCUGCCCGGCUCUGCUGUAGGCGGGCAGGAUCUGACUGGCUUUGGCGAUGCGCUAAAGAGCGACGCGUUUAGAGCAACUAUUGGCGGCGGCGGAGGAGGAGGGGCGGGCGGCGGGGCGGACGGCGGGGGGGCCGGCGGGGCGGGCGGCGGGGCGGGCAGCGGAGUGGUGCGGGCAGCGUGGAUGGCGGAGAUGUGGGACGAAGACGUGCCGCCCGCCUUCGUGGACUGUAUCACACAGGAGAUCAUGCAAGAUCCAGUGAUCACUGCCGACGGGCACUCGUAUGAGCGUGCUGCCAUCGAGAACUGGCUCAUGCAUCAUGACACGAGCCCCAUGACAGGCAAAGUGCUGCCUCCCUUGCACUCCACACCUGCUGCUACAGCUGCCACGGAUGCUGCUACAGCCGCCGACCACUUGCAGGGGGGCUCUUUUUCCCCUUGCCUUGCGGGAUGCAGCUGCAAGCACAGUGGCAGCUGCAUGGGCCAAGGCCGGUGCAGUGCGGUUGGGAGCGGUGAGGGGUGUGCUGAGAGCGGUGGUGAGGGGUGCAGUGGGCAUUGCGUGGUGGACAAGACGCUGCGGCCAAACCACAUUCUGCGCGGGCAGAUCAUCGAAUUCCAAGAAAUGAUGGCGAUGCAGGCAAGGGAGCGCACAGCAGCAGCAGCACCCACACGCGCUGCACCUGCAUUUGCAACCUAG